UUUCGCUUCUCAACCUUUUUUUGUAUUUUUUAUUGUAUUUACGAUUCGCAUUUCUCGAUUCAUACAUUUCACACGAUGAGCAUGUUAAAUAGCACCCGUCGCAACGCACAGCAUCGACUAAACAACGGGUUAACAAGUCCCGGCGGAAUUUCUGGCAGGACAUUGAAGACCUUUGACAAGCACGCUGAACGGCAGCUGGCCGAAGAGCAGCGCAUGGCCAUGCUCGAGAACUUUGACAUGGAGGUGCAGGAUAAGAUCAGAUCGAUGCGGACCCAGCUCGAGGCUGACAAGAAAGACUUGGUGCUCAAGGCCGACUGCGAGGUGGCCCAGUUGCCCAAAUGCGUGCGCGAAAUGAACCUAAAAAUGUUUCUGCGUGACUACGGAGGAGACGUGUCAGCGGCAGUGCGUGGAACGCUCAAGUUGGACAGCGACAGCAGCGAAGAACUUUACAACUUGCCAGAAAUUCCCUCUGCUAUUCGUGCGCGGCGCAAGAUGGCCCAAAAUGAGUAAAGUAAAACCAACUUAUUUACGUUCCGUAUAUAUAUAAAUUGCAUAAUAUGUAUUUAUGGCGCCCGGCCGCGGGUCCUUAUGUCCUCGCGCUGGUACUCAGAGCUGGCGUACUGUGGCUCAAACACG